UUUCUACACAAAAGCUGUCAAAACGUCAAACAUAUUCGUCGAAUAAAAGUGAUCUGGCGAUUGAACAAUCAGCCCUUAGUCAAAUACUCCGUUUUACUAGCCGACGGUUCUGGUACCUAGAGUAUUGAGCUAUAGAAUAAGCUUUAAUAAAUGCAAAGAAAAAUUAGGAGGACUUCAAUAUUUCUAUAAUAUUACUAUCCAGCGAAAUGUCCCCCAAAUACAAGAAGCGCCAGGGAACGUCCGGGAUCCGGGGCCAGCUGUACGAGAGCAAGCUGAUCAGCCUCAUAUACUUCAGGGCGAAGCACGCCGCGAGUGUCGGAGACUUCCUCCUGGCGACCAACAUGGACGAGGUGGGCGCCUUCGACGACAUCUGCCUCCGGGUCAAGCUCAAGGGCGUCGAGAAGCCGCUCGUCGUGUUCGUGCAAGCGAAACAUCGCGAGAACGACAACUCGGUGCUGACGCUCAGCAAGCACGACCUGACGCACUACUUCUACAGCUACCUGAACAUACGCCGAGCGUUCUCCUCGCACGCUGAGGGCGAGCUCUUCGAGGGCACUUACGACGCGACGGAAUGCCUGUUCGUCAUGUACACGACGGCCAAAGCCGCCGACGACAGCCAGCCGUACGAGAGCCCCGUCGCCAAGCACCUCAACGCUCUGAUCGCCACCGGCAAGAGCGGCAUCAGACCGCCUUACAAUCAGACCCACGUGGACUUCCUGUCCGACAUCGUGAUUCAGGAACAGGUCGCCAUGCUGGCGGGACAGCUCGCCAAGUUCCUCGGUGACGACGACGGCGGCGUGCUGUCCAUGAACAACGACCUCAUGCUCUGCUACCACGUCCUUCUGGCGCAGAGAGUCCUCGACGUGAGCAGGAUCCAGCGGAGAGGCGAGGAGAGCGAGCACCGCCUCGCUCACUUCCGACAUGACUUUUUCACUGCAAGCGACGACUUCCUCAAGCUGUUCCGGGACACGCUCGUCCUGCAGAUCCUCAAAAACCAAACUCUAGAGGAGGACAAAGUCAACGUGCUGCUGACGUCACUGUUCACAGAACCCUUUGACAUUCUAGUCCUCAGCGAGCUGAUAGAAUGCGUCGUGACGUACAAACAAGGCAAGCUACAUUUCCUUCACGAAAUGGAUGAAGAACUCAAACAACAGUUGUUCAAGAUCAACGUAUCUCAAGCGACAGUGGAGCGAGCGCUCGAGAUGGCCGCGCAGAGAAUACUCAUCAGGAAGACGUUUAAGGUUCCGGUUACAUUCGGUAACAGCGACUUGACUAUCAGAGGCAAGCUCGAUGUGGACGUUGAACAAGUGUUGAAUGAACUAAGUUCUAAAAUAGUCGAUUUGUUGCGCGAUUCAGAUCCUCACAUUGUUGUCCUAGAUGAGUCUUUGGGUAGUGAGUUCUUACAGCUCAACCAAGGCAUAGCGAGUGCCGUCGGCAACAUGCUGGUUCGAGGAGAUAACGAGAACUCUUUGAAGUUCACAGAUGAACCCGAAGCAUUAGGCGACCUCGCUAAGAGGUUGUAUGAUAAAGUUCGGAAAGAGAUACCGGAUCUGAAUCUGUACAGAUUUGUGGUAAAAACUAAACAGUUGCCUCUCCUCUCAUUCGACAUCGGCGAAGACGGUAUCAACAUGGAAGUUCACCAAGAAAUAACAGCACUAGCUGUUACCAUGGCAAGGUUUCUGAACGAGGAAGUUGGUUUGUCCAGUUUGAUGGACGACGAGCUCGUGCUCAGGUACCACGUCGUCCUGGCGCAGAAGGCUAUCGAGGUUUAUGAGAUACAACAACAGCACGAAGAUGGCGAGCACCGCAUCGCCAGCUUCCGACAGGACCUGUUCGACUCGGACGAGGAAGUUCUACAACUAUUCAGACGCACUCUGUAUCUGGAGACCGCGAAACGACGGAAAAUAGGAACUAGUGAAAUUAGUAGUUUGUUAUCAGCAUUCUACAAAGACACCUCCGACAUUUCUAGUCUCAGCCAACUGAUGGGCAGUGUAGUUACUUACGAGAGCAGUCAGUUACAGUUCGUUCAUGAAACGUCAAAAGAUUUGGAAGAGCAACUAGGCAGAGUCAACGUUACUCAAUCAACAGUAGAUCAGGCCAUCGAGCUGGCUGCGCGAGAGAUACUGACGCAGAUGCACUUUCAAGUACCAGCUGCGUUUGGCAACAAAGACUUGACCAUAAAAGGGCGAAAAGGAUUGAAGAUAGAAAGGAGGCUAACACACUUGAAUAUGAAAAUAUCCGAACUAAACAUUUUGAAGAUAGUCACCAUUGAUGACAGCUUCGAGGACAAACUGUUACGGGAAGGAUUGGCGAGCGCUGUCGGGAAUAUUCUGGUAGUCGAUAAGGAAACCAAUCUGUUGAAAUUUGUAGAUGAAGGGAAGUCCUUAGGACCCCUUUCUGGAAUGUGGUUUCAAAAAUUACGAUCCCAGAUACCCGAUAUACAACAAUACAGGUUUGAUGUGAAGGUCAAUUGGCUUCCGAAACUGUCGUAUAGUUCUGAAGAUGAAGAUAACAGUCACUUUGAAAAGGCAGAAAUGUCGGCGCUGGCUGAAGUAGUCGCGAACUGCAUUAGCGAUGGGACUGAUUGUGUGAUGUCUAUGGACGAUGAAAGACUUCUACUGUACCAUGUCAUCUUAGCAGAACAAGCAUUUAAUAUCUCCGAUAUACAAAGCGAUGACGUCAGCAAACACCGCAUCGCUAGCUUCAGAAAAGACUUCUUUGACACAAACGACCAACUCAUGAAACUGUUCAGAGAUAAACUUUACGUAGAGGUAAUCGAACGUCGCAAAUUAGAGGAGACUGAUCUUCAGACCGCAAUCGCAACCUUCUGCCAGUUUCCUGAUGAUGUUACCCUUCUGAGCAAGUUGCUUGGCAACGUCAUUACCGUCAGACACGGCAAGGUACAGCUUGUGCAUGAUAUGUCAGAAGAUUUGACAAAACCAUUGAACAAAGUUAGUGUGAGUCAAUUAAACGUAAAUCAGGCAAUCGAGCUGGCUGCUAAGGAGAUACUCAUGUCAAAACAGUUUAAAGUACCGACUGAGUUUGGUAAUAAAGACUUGACUUUGAGAGACAGAGGCUGUCACGUGACUAAAGCACUGAACCGUCUCACGAUGAGAAUGUGUCGGCUCGUGAACAGUCCAGAUGUUGUCAAAAUGGCUACCAUCGACGAGUCCCUAGGAGACGGACUCCUCAAGCCCAGCGGCGGUAUCGGCGGACUCGUCGGCAACUUACUGGUCCAAGAGGAGGACACCAAGCUCUUGAAGUUCACAGACAACAGCGAGACACUAGGAGAGCUCUCCAAAAGACUAUUCAACAAACUACAGAACAAUAAACAUGACUUGCGUCAGUACAGAUUCAUUGUGACAGCUAAAAGGUUUCCGAAACUCACAUUCGACAGUAGCGACCACGACCGACGCUUGGUGGAGGACUUCUUGAACAGACUGCUUUACUUCACCAGCCAGGCCGACGAGACCCGCGUGGGAGACAUCCUGAGAGGAGACAUCGAAGACAACAUCUGUCGGAGAGUGAACAACUUCCGAGUGACAUCAGACGCGCUGUUCCUGACGUUCCACGACGAAAUACAAGCCUGGUGGAUGGCCGCGGAGGGCGACUACCUCACCAAGAAGAGCAAGAAGUAUGAAAUAGCGAGCAAGAAGAUAGUCAGCAAGCCUCUGAUGACGGUGCUCGGCAUGAUGCACCAGACCAAGCUAGGGAACAACAUCGAGUGCUCCUUCAAGGACAAAGUCAUCAGCGCUCUGAAGCUGACCUCGGGAGCCGUCGUGGUGACGAACAGCGCUGACCUGACCGUGGCCAAGAUGAUACAGCGUUACAGAAGCCAAGAGCACGUCGUGCUGGACUUGGAGUACAUGCUGAACCUGCAAGCGAACGAAUACAACACGCUGUGCGAGGAGCUCAGAGACACGGACGAGAGCAAAGUGCUGGUGGUGGUGUGCAACCACAAGCCGAGCAACAGGAACUGGUCGAGCCGACUGCGAAACAUCGCCGAGGCCGUGAGAGACAAGUUCACUGUUGCCGUCAUCAACAGGGACCUGGUCCCGUUUGUUAAAGAAUAUUUCGGAAACAUGAGUGACGUCAUUGACGACGGAGUAGUUAAUCUGGCUGACUUGACAGCAGAAUCACAGAAGAGCGUCUUGAAGAAUGCCACUGCCGUGUUCCAAGGACAAGAAGUGAGGUUAGAAUUAAUAUUAGACGAAGAAUCAAUGAGGUACGUAAAGGGGGAGGUGUUGAAUAAAGUGAUUAACAAUGAAGUCAUAACUGUAAGUAAACUAGUCAGCAGUUUGAAUUACGAGAAAAUUAAACCUAUAUACAUUGACAGGCACAUUGCCCGCGCAAACCAGACGCCAUCGUUGCUAAUGUCACUCAAUGACGUAUAUGAUGACGUGGCUGUAAUAGUAGGAAGACCAGGGAUGGGAAAGUCAACCCUGCUCACUCAUCUUUCACAACGAUCAAAAAUAUUAGAUCCAAAACUUUGGAUCGUUAGAGUAAACCUGUUGGAUCACUCCGAACAAUUCAACAACUGGAAAGAUCACGAAACGGACAUCGAUGUGUCGGAGAGUUUGAGAUUCUUGUGUAAAGUGGUGCUGAAUGGUGACCCUGUCAGUGACCAGCCGCCGGUCAUCGAGCUGGAGGAGUCAGGAGGUUUCAUGUACCUCAGGCACUGCGCAGGAGACGAGAGCACAGCUUUCGAAUUACAAAUGUUCCUACAUUAUUACAACACCAAGAAUGUGAUGUUCCUUUUCGAUGGGUUUGACGAAAUCUGUCCGAGAUACACUAAUGAGGUUUUAACGUUUUUAAAAGUUCUAAAAUCACACUACUUUUCAAGCUUACAUUCUAUUCCGAAGUUACAAAGUAGACCUAUAAUGUGGAUUACAAGUGGGUCUCAAGAAAACAUCAAAAAAACCUUAGAAUGUCAAUUUGGUAUUUCAUAUGAACUGCAAAUGUUUCCAAGGACCGAACAAGAUAGGUAUCUAUGUCUAUACUGGGAAACAAAGAAAUUAUUAAAGGAAUUUACUAGAAAAGAUCUGGAUUAUCUAAAGAAUAUUAUCAUUUUUAUAGAAAAAGGACUUAAAUCCUAUAAAGAGUCGAAAGAUUUCGGAAAGUUUUUGCACCGCCAUUAUUCUGAAGCGUUAAUUAAUUUUGCGUAUCAAGUUAUGAAAUAUCUAAAACAAAAACUAAAGUCAUGCUCCGUGCAAAAUAUAGUAGCAGUAAAGUCAAUUAUAAAUGAUUUAAUAAUAUUCGUUGUACAUUACGUUAAAGAUUUUUACACACCCUUGCAUUUGUAUUUAGUCACCGUUUACAUAUUCAACCAGAUUAAAAAUUUCGAAAAUUCCAUGUGGAAUUUCGAAGUUAAUAGCGAAUUUACAAUUUACGAAAGAUUCAUUGAAACCGAAAUAAAAAAGCAAUGUCGCAAAUUAGCUUCAAAUUAUGACUUUGAUUUUUUUGACAUUCAUAGAAAGUUAGGGGCGGUCGCCAUCUUUGAUGCUGACGUUGAAAAUAUUUUUACAAUGGAAGAUUUGAAGAGUAUUGCGAAAAGUAAAUUGACAAUCAAAGAAAGAAAAGUUAAGACGGGUGUGAUUUGCGGUAUUGCAAAUGAUGUGCCUUUAUUCCUCCAUCGUACUCUAGCCGAAUGUUUUGCUGUCCGCCAUAUUUGUCGCAUAAUAAAAUUACAUGAAAGUAGCGACGAAAAACAGAAUACGAUUUGGGAUUUUAUUUUAAAUAUUCUCUUUUUAAAGUACGAUAGAAAUUUAAGGGAUAUACUGAAUUACAAAAUACAAGAAGAUGAUUUAUUAAGACAAACGAUAAAAAAAUAUAAACCUGUCAUUUUUGAGUUACUGUUGACACAAGGCAAAGGUGUUUUUUCAUACUUCCCAGACGACAUGAGCCGGUUAAUUUAUUUAAAAAUUAAAAAACACCUUGAAAUGGCUGUUUCGAAAGAUCUUGUAAAAUUCGUCGAGUUGUUGUAUGAUCUUAAAAUUAUGUUGAAUUCAGACUAUUUAGAAACACUCAAAGAUUAUGAAUUUGCUCCCCGUGCGUCUUUAAAGUCAAUAUAAAACUUUGGUAUUAUAUUGUAAUGUGUAAAUGACAAGUCAAAGUCACGUUACUUAUCAAGAAAUGUCAUUCUAAUCGACGGUCAUCAUUUUUAAUUUCUUUGUAAACUUCGAUCACGCUGACUAAUUUUCCUUUAUUUUGUAAAGGAAAAUUUCUUUACAGAAAUGAUUUUAAAUAAAUAAAAAACUUUAAUUCAGGUCUUUAUUUUAUAAAUUAUUAUUGCUUUGCUAAUUAUUAUUACCAAAUUAGUCUGUUGCAGAUUUGAAAACAAGAAGAACGUCUCUUAAUAUGGAUGAUGACUGGGUAUAAAAAGAAAAAAAUCUCAUUAGUCCCUCAGUUAGAUAAUUGAAAAGUAUGAGACACGU